GCGUCCAUCCGUCCGUCGUUUACACCCAGGCAACAGUCGUGUCGCGGUGCGUGUGCGUAUGCGAGCCCCAGUGAGUGGCGCGCGCGUGUGUGUCUGUCGUGUCCGUUUUGUUGUCCGUUUAUGUUUGUGAGUGUAAUAAUAAUUAUUAUUGUUGAAUGCAUGUAUGCUUGUGCCCUAGUGUACGCAAAAAAUUUCUCGUCUUAUAUAAAAAAAAAAAAUUAAUUUAUUUUUGUCAUCCCUUUUGUAUCCGCUCGACCAAAGUGCAGUACGACGCACACACCUGGACCAUAUAUCUUAAUGUACGUCAGAAGUGACGCGAUGGGAACGUGACGCUGGCUGCAACGUCGGCUAGUAUGAGCGAGGGUGGCGGGGAGGCCAUGGCCUCAUAUGGUACGGCGGGAUACCCGCCACCACAGCCUGCCACCCCGUCAUCAACCGUACCCGAAUCAAAGACACCAGGCCCUGCGCCAGGUCUACCACCGUUCAGCUCGUUCUCAGCGGUCGAGCUGGCCGAAGGACUGGGCGCCCGGCUCGGUCCAGGCGAUGGUUACGACUCGACCACCGGUCGGAUAAUGGACAUGCACUGGGACUACAACCCGGACGGGCUACACAGGCCGGACCUGUACCCGACCACCAUGAUCCUACCACAACCACAGUCAUACCGGCCGUGGGAGAGCAAGCUGGAUGGUAGCAACUCGCAAGACUCCAUGUCUAAGGGGUCUUACGAUUAUCCACCGUCGCCGGCUGGCAGCAAGUUGCCGUCAUUCCAGUCGCAGUUCAACUUCCAAAACGAUCAACAGCAACCGGAAACGGUAUCGUUGACCACGCUGACGCCAGCGGCUGUGUCGCCAACACAGUCACCUGGUUUGCCCAGCUUUCAUACGCUGUCCACGGUUAACGUCGCGGCAGCAACUGGACCCCGAGGCUAUCCAACCCUGGUGCCGGGCAUCCAGCAGCAGUUUCUGGACGACCGAGCCGGCACCAUACACUUGUUCCAGAGCCCGCAAUACCCACCACCUCCACCCCCGCCUCAAGCGUUCGCGCAGCAAAACCACCACCACCACCACCCCCACCAGAACACCAUUAUCCAGGGCAACUUCAUGGGCGCCCCACAUCACCAGAACCAGGCAACACUGCUGACGGUGGUGAAAACCGAACCAGUGGCCAUCGUGUCUGCCCAGAUACCCAACCACGUGUACCAGAACGCGGGAGGUACGUACAUCGACUCGAUCAAGAUGGAGGAUACGUUGUCGCCGCGUGGGCUGCAAGAGUCCCGGAAAAAAGAAAGACGAAAAGUGCGGGCGUCCAGCAUGGACAGCUCUGUGGAGAGCGACGGCGUGGGCAGUUCCAGUGUGGAGAGCUCAGGACAGGUGGCUGCCGUGAGCAGCACCGCCGGGUUCAAGUCACCUCUUGUCCAGCACAAUGUGAUCGGCAUGACGGGUGGCGGCAAUGUCAGCAACGUGGGUGGAUCCAUGAUGGAUUCGGACCACUGCGAGAACGGCGCCAACGGCAUGGACAAGCAGACAAAAAAGAAGCGAAAACGGUGCGGUGAGUGCAUAGGGUGUCAGCGGAAAGACAACUGUGGCGAUUGCGCACCAUGCAGAAACGAUAAGAGCCAUCAAAUAUGCAAGAUGAGGAGAUGUGAGAAGCUCACCGACAAAAAGCACCUCCUAUACCUGACCAACGAAUCCUAUCCUCGAGGGGAAAAUCGAAGAGGGCGUGGAAAAGGAAGUCGAGCGGCUUACAGAAACAAGGGCAACCGAUCGAUAUCCGGAAAUUCGGGCGCUCAACAACAGUCUCCCGGACCAUCGACUCCACUGAACGGAGCUCCCGGGUCACCGGUGGUUAUGACCGAAUCCCAUCAUAAUUCGCUCUCUGGCACGGUGUUGACGACGUCUGGCAACGGGGCUGGGUUCUACGGCAACCAGGCGGUCAGUAUUAUGGAAUCCGAUCCCAAUGGCAUUGGAUUCAGAGAUAACAGGUUUGGAACGCCAGCCACCGUGUGGCACUCGACUGACGGAAACGCAUUGGGUUGGACGGCAGUCACUCAAUCACCACAACCUCAGUAUGUUGGCCAACAAAUUCAAUUAGAAGACAUACGAUACCAUUCGCCCGCAAACACUCUGCAUUAUUCUACUCACGCUCCACCAAACGUUUACAACCAACCGGGCUAUCAAACGGUUAGUGCAGCUCAAACGCCGACUGCCGGAUUCAUUCAAGUCAGCAACGGUUUCGCUCAGCAACCUACACAAGUAACCACCAGCUCAUUAAUCAAUGGUGUGCCAAAUGUUGCACCUACUAUAAACGGCAACGUCGAAUACUUAGAGACUUCGGGUAGAACAGAUUUUGUCAAUGGAACACCGAAUUACAAUCACAUUUCCCAGACUGUACAAGAACAAUCACCAUCCUCUCAGACCUUGGAUUCGUCAAACGACGCAUCUAUCAAAGUAGUUAACAACAGUUUUAGUCAACCCGGUGCGGGAAACGCGAUACCUGGGUACCCACCUCAACCACCUCCCCAAUCACAACAGAGUUUACACAACUCUAAUGGGUACCCAGGUAAAAAUGAUGGAAAUUCCGUAGGGGAGGAGAGAAGCCGAGUUUCGGACUCUCCAGCAACUGGUGUAUGGGGCCAGUCAAAUAAUCAAUAUGAUACAUCAACACCAGUGUCUGAAAAAAACAGCAUAAAUAGUCGAAUAAAAUCUAUGAUUCUUAACAAAAAGCAAUAUCAACCACAAUAUUUACAAGAUAGACCGCAAGAUCAACAACAAUCUCAACAUCAACAAUAUCUCGGUGAUCAGUACCAAAAAGAACAUAAUUCCAAUGAUCAAAAUAACCACCAACAUAUGCAUCAACAACAGCAGCAGCAGCUACAACAGCAGCAACAGCAACAACAACAACAACAACAACAACAACAACAACAGCAGCAGCAACAGGUGCAAAUUCAGCAACAAGUUCAACAUCAACAGCAAUCUCAGCAGCAACAAGCGCACCAACAAGCGCAACAACAAGCCCAACAACAAGCUAAACAACAAGCCCAACAACAAGCACAACAAAGUGCGGCACAGCAUCAGCAGUAUCUUAACGAUCAAUAUCAAACGGAACAGAGGCACAGCCCACAAGAGCAAAACAACCAUCAACAAAUUCAUCAUCAGCAACAAAUACAACAACAACAAAUACAACAGCAGCAGCAACAACAACAACAACAACAACAACAACAACAACAACAGCAGCAGCAGCAGCAACAACAACAACAGCAGCAGCAGCAACAGCAGCAGCCGCAGCAUCAACAACAACAGCAGCAGCCGCAGCAUCAACAACAACAGCAUCAUCAAAGUAUACAGCAAACGCAAAACCAACUGCAGAUACACCAACAUCAUUUGCACCGACAACAAAUAAUGCAACAGCAUCAAGCGCUUCAGCGUCAACAAAGAAAUGACGAUAGUGGUGACGCUAAGAGUCCACUGAAUCAAUCUGAUCACCAACAAUAUCUGGCGGACUCCAAACAAAACUUGAUUAGCAAUAAUUUUUUAGUCCAAGGCCACCAUCCUCAGAGCUUAGCUACUGAGGGUGGUGGCUUUUUAUCGGAAGUCAAACGACAUCCGAAAUACCAUCACUACCACCACUAUAAUGAACAAAAUAAAUCAAAUAGAAAACAGCAAUCACCUCCACCACCACAACAACAACAACACAAACAGCAACAACAACAACAGAAAGAGCAGCAGCAACAACAAAAACCUGUUUAUGAUCACAAAAAAAGUCUAGAAAUUCAAAAAUACACUAGUGUUAAAGAAGAGUUUAUUGAAAUACCGUAUGAAGUUAGAUUGCACCGAUUACCGUUUGGAAUCGAUCCUAGAGUAACCCAAAAGAAUGGCUACGUUUUCUGUGGCAAUGGUGGCCCUAAUCCUAUUGACGUUGUGGCAGGCCCAUGGUGCUGUAGAAUGGGUGGUACAGAUACGCCAACAACGAAACAUUUGUCUGACGGGUGUUGUCACGGAUUAAAGACGUUGGAUGAAGGGAUUGAUCCGGUGGAAAUGAAACAAGAGAACGGUCUAAAUAAUAGUCAAUGCUCUGAUAAUCUAGAUGAUAAACAAAAAACUAAUAUCAAAGCUACGAUUCCCGAUUGCAAUUGUUUCCCUACCGAUCAAGCGCCACCAGAACCCGGGCCGUUUUACACUCACUUAGGUUCGGCGUACAGUUUAAUUGAACUAAGAACAAAUAUGGAAAAUAUGUCAGGUAUACGGGGAAAUGGAAUACGGAUGGAAAAGGUAUUGUACACUGGCAAAGAAGGUAAAACCACUCAAGGAUGUCCUUUAGCCAAAUGGGUAAUACGGCGUUCGUCAACCGACGAAAAACUUUUAGUAGUUGUUAAAAACCGACGAGGGCACAAAUGUCAACAUUCCUGGAUUGUCAUUUGUAUUGUGUCGUGGGAAGGCAUAUUGUCCGACGAGGCUGAUUUUCUGUACACAAUGCUGUCACAUAAGCUUAACAAAUACGGAGUACCGACUACCAGACGAUGUGGUACAAACGAUCCGCGAACAUGUGCCUGCCAGGGGCUUGACCCGGAUACGUGCGGAGCAUCGUUUUCGUUUGGUUGUUCUUGGUCGAUGUACUACAAUGGUUGUAAAUACGCAAGGAGUAAAGACGUUCGAAAAUUCAGACUUUCCGUACGGACAGAGGAACAAGAGUUAGAAGAACGAUUGCACGUGCUAGCGACUAAUUUAUCGCCUCUAUACAAGUCAUUGGCUCCACGUUCAUAUAACAAUCAAAUACAAUGCGAACGUGAAGGGUCGGAUUGUCGAUUGGGUUUAAAACCGGGUCGUCCAUUUGCGAGCGUUACUGCUUGUAUAGAUUUUUGUGCUCACGCUCACCGAGACUUUCACAAUAUGCACAAUGGCUGUACAGUCGUGGUAACAUUGAACAAACAUCGAGGGUUUCAAAAACCUGAUGACGAACAAUUGCACGUACUACCUUUAUAUGUAGUAGACGAGUCGGAUGAGUUUGGAGACAAGCAGGCUCAAAGUGAUAAAUUUAAGAAUGGUUCGGUCGAAAUGCUUUCUAAAUUUCCGUGUGAGGUAAGAGUUAGAUCCGUUCCACUUACUCCAUGUAGACGUAAGAAACGUCUAGCCGAAGAACCCGAGUCCCCUAGAGGAGCACCUACAACUAUAGUACCACAAAAAUCCGAGCAAAAUAAUGACACACAAGUCCAAAGUUCACAGAUAUCUUCAACAGUAUUGGAUAGCCCAACAAUAAACAUGUAUCAAAGAUGGAACCAUCAAGGUUUACUGGGACAGAGCCCAUCUAAUAAUUUCUAUAACGUCCAAGAAUACAGUCCAUGGAAUAAUAUUGAUAACCUUAUGUCACCAAGCAUGGCGAUGGAAAUGAACUCGAAAGCAAACGUGACGAAUUAUCAAUCGUCGCCUAGGCAUCACGUACGCAACCUAUGGCCACCCGUUGGUGGUGGAUUACCUGGUGGCAAGCCCGUCGAGCCUGCAAUUGCCGGGAGUUCAGCUCCGAUGCUGCAAAAACCACCAGCUGAUUACUACAGUCAGUCAACUAGCUACCCCCAAAGCAGACUCGGUCCGAGACCGACUGAGAUGGCAAAUGCCAAUAACUAUAAUUAUUAUUAUAAAUCUAGUCAAGCCCUGUCUAAUCCGACAAACGUCGUAGCGCCCCCAACAAUAGAGUACAGUCAUUCUUACAGCCAGCAACCAAAGUAUUUUCCUCUGCACCCCGAAGCCGCCGUUAACCGCUGGUGCCCACCACCACCGCAGUCGUAUUUGUAUGCGCCGCCACCACCACCGCAGUCGUUCCAAACGCACGCGUCCCGAUUUAACCAUCAGGACCCGACAACUAUGUUCAAUAAGGGGAUGACCCAGUACCAGCUUCCAAGAUGGGAUUUAUACGGACCAACACCGUACUUCCCCUCAGUUGUUGUGCCCGAACCUGCAGCGGCACCCAAAGUACAUCCGAUUGGCGAAGUGACCGAUUAUAUAGAGAAUGAAGAAUGCUUCAAGGACUCGCAGAUGGGUGGCGUAGCUAUAGCACUAAGUCAUGGUUCCGUGCUAUUUGAGGUGGCCAAACAGGAACUACACGCAACCACAGCGCUCCGAAAACCUGACAGGCUGCACCCAACCCGCAUCAGUUUAGUGUUCUACCAGCACCGGAAUUUGAACAGACCCAAACACGGCUGGGAGGAAUGGGAGGAAAAAAUGAGGGUGCGAAAGAUGGGCAACGUAUCUACCAACUGCAAUAAUUGCGGCAGCGGCACAGCGGCCACGACCACGACGACCACGGCCAACGCGCUGUUGUCGGCCACCGGUGGACGAAAAUCGACCACUGUGACCACCACCACGUGGACGACGCUGUUCCCGAUGUUCCCGUGUAUGGUAACUGGACCGUAUCAGGAGAACCAAUGUCAGUAGUAGCAGCUUGUAUACGUAUGUCGCCGGAGCAAAAGGGUUAAGUUUUUUUUACUUCCUUUAAUUUUGUAUUAAUUUUUAUACGGCCACUCCUCACGCCACGUGAUUUAGACUUUUACCCAACCCUAUCUAACCCAACCCAACCAAAAAACUCGUUCGUUCUCCUCCGUACAAUACAUUUUUACAUUUCUCGAAUUUCACACGAAUGCCAAAGAAGCUAUUUAAUAUGCGAUUAUCGUUUUAUUUUUUAUUUGGAUAGGUCUUAAGUAAUCAUUUUACGUCAAUAAGAAAACCCUAGGUAUAAGUAUCAAUUUUUAAUCACGAUUUUUGUUAUAAUUUGUUUUCUUUUUGUUUUUACUUUUUCUGUACAUAUUAUAGUGAAAAACAUCUCUUAUACCCCAAAAUAAGGAAUAUGUGUGUAUUAUUUUUAAUAGACAACCUUUUUUUCUUGUACGAUUCCAAAAUAUUUAGUGUUUUAUUUUUGUACUCUUAACUAAUCGCCUAUUUAUAUGUGUAUUAAAUAUUUAUACUGCCGUUGUAUAAACAAUUUUAGAUGAAACAAAGUUAACACGGCUUCAGUAUAAAUUUUUUUAAAAAUUAUUAUUCUAAAAGUAAUUCUGUCGAUGAACUCACCUACUAUUCUCACCCACGAGUUUGAAAAUGAUCGAUUUUAGAUAUACCCCUUUCCCCAAUCACCCUUUAAAAUAAGAUUAUUAAAUAAUUUAUUUUGUGUUCAUUAAAUAGAUCUCUCUACGAUCGUAAGUAGAAAGUCCAUCACACUUAUUAGUGUUUAGCAUGUACAGAUCACUUGCGAAAUCAGAAUUAAAAUGUAAUAGUAAUAAUAAUAUAUAAAAAAAAAUAUAUCAAAUUCGACUGAUUAGUUAGGUAGCUAUCAUAGGGGUAGUGUGUGACCUACUUAGUUAUAGGAAUAUUUUUUUAAUCAUUAUUCAUAAGUAAUAAUGCAAAACGAAAACCGCUCAUAAAUUUUUGAAAAUUUAUUUAUUUUUUUUUAGAAUAAAUCAAGUGUAUAAAUUUGUGUAAAAAGACAGUAUUUCAAAUGGAAAAAAAUCAUAAAUAUAUAAACAUAUAAUAUUAAAAAGUAUAUAAUAUAUUUUUGGAAGACUUU